AGAAAAAGGAGCUGUUGAUGAACGCAACAGCAGCAAGGCUUCGUUGGAUAAAAUCAAUUUCAUCACUCUCUCUCUCUUCCUCCACUUUCUGUCUCCUCCUUCCUCUUCUUUUCGCAACCCUUUUUUUUUCAUCCAAUUUUUUUUUAUUGAUAAUCCAUCCCAAAAUAUAUCCCAUAUUUUUUAAAAUCAAAUUUAGUUGAUUAAUUAAUUUUUUUUUGGAAAUUAUAGGUUCUAGGGAGAGAGAAUUUUAAGUACAAAAAUUCAAGCUUAAUUAUUUUUUCAUUAUUAUUAUAUUAUUCUGAGUAAUUAAUUCAUUUUAUUUUUCAAUGGGCGUUACCUAUAAAUUCUCUCUUUAUUGUUGUUUCCCUUAUUUAUCUUGACAACAUAUAUAAAACCCAAUUAGGGUUUAUUUUUGUUGAUUGGUAUUUUAAAUCAAAAGAAUCAAAAGUUUCCUGAUAAAUUGAUUCCUUUUACAUGGAACCCAGAGUUGGGAACAAAUUUAGGCUUGGUAGGAAGAUCGGAAGUGGGUCCUUUGGAGAGAUCUAUCUUGGUACCAAUUUGCACACUAAUGAGGACGUGGCAAUCAAGCUUGAAAAUGUGAAAACAAAGCAUCCACAGCUGCUUUAUGAGUCCAAAUUAUAUAAAAUACUGCAAGGAGGAACUGGAAUUCCCAAUGUGAGAUGGUAUGGUGUUGAAGGAGACUACAAUGUUCUAGUCAUAGAUCUGCUAGGACCCAGCCUAGAAGAUUUAUUCAACUUCUGCCAUAGGAAAUUUUCAUUGAAAACUGUCCUUAUGCUAGCUGAUCAGAUGAUCAAUCGAGUUGAAUAUGUUCAUUCGAAAUCUUUCUUGCAUCGCGAUAUCAAGCCAGAUAACUUUCUCAUGGGGUUAUCGCGACGUGCAAAUCAGGUCUACAUGAUUGAUUUUGGUCUAGCAAAGAAGUAUAGAGACAGUAACACCCAUCAACAUAUUCCUUAUAGGGAGAACAAGAAUUUGACAGGAACUGCUAGAUAUGCAAGCAUGAACACUCACCUAGGAAUUGAACAAAGUCGGAGGGAUGACUUAGAAUCAAUGGGUUAUGUUCUCAUGUAUUUUUUGAGAGGAAGUCUUCCCUGGCAGGGGCUGAAAGCUGGGACGAAGAAACAGAAGUAUGAAAAAAUUAGUGAGAAAAAGGUUUCAACCUCUAUUGAGGCUUUAUGUCGAGGUUAUCCAUCAGAAUUUGCAUCUUACUUUCACUAUUGCCGUUCACUGCGGUUUGAUGAUAAGCCGGAUUAUGCCUAUCUAAAAAGACUCUUCCGUGACCUCUUUAUUCGUGAAGGAUUUCAGUUUGAUUAUGUGUUUGACUGGACCAUUCUGAAAUACCAGCAAUCCCAGACUGUUGCCCCUCCCCUACUUGCUCUUGGUGCCGCUGGACCAAGCUCUGGGCUGCCUCAUGGUGCCAGUGACAAACAUUUUGGUGCUGAGGAAGGGAGACCCUCUAAUUGGCUUUCAGCAGACUCAUCUCGUAGGAAAUUAACAAGUUUGCCAAAGCAGAAAAGUCCAGCUCCAAAUGAUCCAGCUGUAGCAAAAGAACCCAUGCUAUCAAAUUCUCUAGUAAAAACUAGCACAUCAGGUAGACGUGCUGUUGGGUCAAGCAGUCGGGAUGCAGUCUUUUCUGGCAAUGUUGCAGACGGCACUCGCCCGGGUACUAAGGAUUCCAAUCUUCAGAAAGUAGCAAGUGGGCAUCGUAAUUCACCAUUUGUGUCAUCUGAGCAUCCUCGCUCGUUUUCUGCCAGAGUAACGUCGAAUGAACAUACUCUUGAAUCUACCAUCAAGAAGAUUGAAGGACUCAAUGUUAGCAAUGAAGAGAGGUUGCAAUGAUUUGUUAUCAGCACAGCUUUUAGACCUUACUUUUCCCCCAUGUAAAUUUCAAUACUACAAUUUGGUUAUUUUUAUGGACCCUUGAGUGCUUUUUGUCUAAUUUUUUUUAUAUCAUUUUUUAGGCUCUUGUUCUCCCCCGCCCCGUCUUUUAAAAAUUUAACUAGAACAGGUGAAAGCCCGAAAUCGAAGGCGUGAAAAGUUGGAAGAGAUAAGCACUCUGAGUAGUCUGUAAAGAAGUUUUAAAGAGUCCCCAUUAAUGGAGUCAGAAUUGAUAUUAUUUAGAUUC